UUUCCGAGAAUUCGGAAAACCUUGUGGAGUAUUGCGAAAUUCUUCGGCUCAGUUUUGUGAUCGUCCUGUGUAUGCUGAAGUAACCACUAGGAUAGAGGAAAGUUUUGAAGAAUUAAAAGCAAUAAUUAAAGUUGGAAUAAGUUCAGAAAAAAUGGCUACUAACGCUGAAGCAAAUGCAGAAGAAAGAGUUGCUAGCCCUGAUGUAACUAGUGAAGAUAUCAUCACUAACCUUGACAAACAAACAAAGGAAUUUAUUAACCAAAGAAUUUCUCAAAGUUAUGUUAACAUUCCUUUUGUAUCAAUCGAAGGUGAUAUACCAAGACAUAGUGCAAGACCAGAAAUAUAUGCAGUUGCAUUGCCUGAACAUCUUUUAUUGAAAUAUGGCGUGCUUCUUUAUUACGAUCGAGCUUUAGCCUUGGAGGCUAUCAGAAGGUAUAGAAUGGGCAGGUACCGCAUAUUUACUAAUUUAUUUGAUGCAGUGGAGUAUGCUAUAAAGCCUGUAGAGCCGAAAAUGAAAGGUGAAAUUAAACCUAAAAUGGGCAAAGGGACCAAGACAUCCGGUUCUUUCCUGUCCUGGCAUUUCCGUCUUAACUUGGGAACUAUUUAUGAAGAGCCACAAGACUGGGAGGCAAAAGAUAAGGUGCUUCACUGCAAUGAAAAUGAAGAGAACGGUUCUCAUACGGUUAGUCGUGCACAGGAUCUUCCAACAGAGGAGACCGCAGGAUCUCCAAAGGAUUUUCAAAAUAAUGAGGAGUCCGAUUCUUCCAAACAAGUUCCUGCUCCGAAACUUAAUGAACCUAACAACCUAGGAAAUGAUUCAACACCUGAGAAAGAAAACGCUUAAAUGUCUGAAAAUUUUAUUUAUAUCGACUAUUUUAGUUGUUUACAUAAAAUCGUUUUAUAUUGUUGAUAUUUUAAUGUUGUAAUUUUUGCACUGUUUGCAUACUUUGUACAUAUGCAAACGAAAUUGCAAAAUAAGGCAAUGUGUCAGAUAUUUAUAUAUUUUGAAAACUGAUACUGGAAUUGGACAUUCCGUAAUAUUGCAAUACUGGAUGUUAACCAUCUUUUUAAAUUUGAUUUCAGUUUUACUGGUGCAAUAUUUUAGGAAACGUUUGCAUACUUUAUACAUAUGCAAGUAUUUGAGAAACAAUUUUUAAA